UCCCGCCCGCUUGAAGAGAAGAGUGUCAGGUUUCCUAAAAGCUAAAAUAGUCCUCCAUCAUUAUCAUCACAAACUGCCCCGUUUCUGGUUCACGUCAGCGGGCUUUUAUGGACCGACACCGCGGUGUUUACACGGUUAUUGUCUCGGAUUGUAGCGGCGUAGUUGUAUCUUUCCGGAUAACCGUUUAAAAGUUAAAAUAAAGCGGUGUGUUAUCAUGGCGGAGGGAGCGGACAGCGGGUCAGUCAACACCGCGAAGAGGAAACAACCAGCGGGGAGAAGGAGCCGCCAGAGCCGCAGCAAAACCUCCAGCAGCCGGGUGACUCUAGAGAAAGUUUUGGGUAUCAGCACAGCCAACAGCAGUGGUCUGACCUCUGACCCCAAAUCUGGGCUCAUCGCCUAUCCUGCAGGGUGUGUCAUCGUGUUGCUCCACCCGAAGAACAACAAACAGACUCACAUCAUCAACACGUCCAGGAAGCCGUUCAGCGCGCUGGCGUUCUCCCACGAUGGAAAACACCUGGUGACUGGCGAGAGUGGUCACAUGCCCUGUGUGCGUGUGUGGGAGGUGGAUGGAGGGGGGGGUCAGGUGGCCGAGGUCCAGAGUCAUAAAUACGGAGUUUCCUGCGUGGCGUUCUCCACCAACAGCUGCUACAUCGUCUCCGUGGGAUACCAGCACGACAUGACUGUUAGUGUUUGGGACUGGAGGAAAGGGUUGAUCAUAGCCUCCAACAAGGUGUCCAGCCGGGUGCUCGCCGUCUCCUUCUCGCAGGACAACAGCUACUUCGUCACCGCGGGGAACCGGCACGUCAAGUUCUGGUUCCUGGACGCCUCCAAAGAACGCCGGGUGAACAGCACGGUGCCUCUGAUUGGUCGGUCGGGGUUGCUAGGCGACCAUAAGAACAGCGUGUUCAGCGGCGUGGCGUGUGGGCGUGGCCUCACGUCGGCCAAAACCUUCUGCAUCACCAGCUCUGGUCUGCUCUGUCUGUUCAACAGCAACCGGCAUCUGGAGGCCUGGGUCCACCUCAAGACGGCGUCGGCGAGCUGUCUGGCGGUCAGUAAGGACUUCCUGUUCUGUGGCUGCGCUGACGGAGCCGUCCGGGUGUUCAGCCCGUCCAACCUGCAGUACAUCAGCACGCUGCCGCAGCCGCACCGCCUGGGGGUGGACCUGGCCCAGAGUACACACCACGGCGACCUGCUCCCGGCCAGCCCCGGUGCCCGGUACCCCGACACGCUGGCGGUGACCUUUGACCCCUCCUCCAGACAGCUGACCUGCGUGUACAACGACCACAGCGUGUACGUGUGGGACGUCCGAGACGUGAGGAACGCCACCAAGCUGUACUCGGCUCUGUACCACAGCAGCUGCGUCUGGAGCAUCGAGGUGUAUCCCGAGCUGCCGGACGCCUCUCGGGCCUGUCUGCCUCCGUCCUCCUUCCUCACCUGUUCCUCCGACAACACCAUCCGACUGUGGCACGCUGACCCCCCCACGGGACACAGGAACCUCUACAGCAACGACCUGCUGAGGAUCCUGUACGUGGGGGAGGACACGCAGCACCUGCAGGCGGAGGGGGAGAGGGGGGAGUGGGGGGAGGCCGCCGGGGCUGAUGGGAAGGCUGGGAUCAGAGUGCUGGGGAUCAGUCCUGAUGGACAGCACCUGGCAGCUGGAGACAGAUGUGGAAACCUGCGGUGA